AUGUCAGGACCUGAGUUCGAAGCGUUUUUUUCUUUUUUGGCUUCGAAGUUUCGAACUUUUUUUUUCUACUAUGAAAUGGAAACUCCUAUACCUCUUCUUCUGCUCUUACUCGACAGAAUACGGGGAAUUCGAGGCAUGAAAUUCCGCGCUUCUUCUCUUCUCUUCUCUUCUCAAAUUAGAAUAAAUUCCAUUGGGAAUUUUUUUUUCCCUUCUUCUUUGUCACCAAUUUUCGUUCCAGCCGCUUUAACGUCAUCGAAUCAUGUUACUUAUAUGCCCGACCGAUGCGCAGCAGGGAAGGACCGUGGUAAUGAAGUCUUGCCUCGCUUCUAUGUGUGUUCCGGGCUUUAUCCUUCAGAGUAUACCCGGAUCUGGUUGGAAAGCGUCGAACACAUCCACCAGGCUUCGGAACUAUGUAUGGAACACAGGAGCUUGAAGAUGACAUCGGGAAUGAAUAGGAUUGCAAGGCCGCCUGUUGGUCGACUCGGCGAUGCCUCGGCUAUCCCCUUCCGUCAUCCAAUCACAUCCUUCGAUUCACUUCGAACAUGGGAUAGAACGCCCGCUUGGCUUAGUGGUACAGCAAGAUCCUCGGUUGUAAGUGCUAAUAAAAAGGUAAAUAGCGAUUCCGAGAGUGGGCAAUUUGCAGAGUAA